UGAGCUCCCUGCUGCUCGACCUGGGCAUCUACCUGUACGGCAGCGACUUGUACGGCAACAGCUUGUACGGCAGCAGUGCCGCUGCUGGCUGUACGGCAGAGCUGGCGGCGCACUUGCUGUCGUACAUGGAGUCCAACGGCGGCAUGAUGCCGUACACCGCUGCCCGGGUGCGGCAGCGGGCGGAGGCUGCUGGUCUCGGCAGCACUGCUGCUGGUCUCGGCAGCAUUGCUGCUGCUGCUGUUGCUGGGGGAGUAGGAGGUGGGAGUGGCUGCAGUUGCUGUGUCGGUGGCAGGCUAGGCUGCGAGGAUCCCGCCCCAGCCACAUUCAUGUCCACAUCCGCCAACUCAAUCGGCACGAGCAGCACCGACACCUGCAGCAGGAGCAACAGCAGCACCCGCACAGCAAGUCCUUACACUGACCAGCCAUCCGCAAUGGCAGCUGCAGCUGAUGAGGGCUUGGCAGGAAAGCAGCCGAAACACAAGGACAAGACUGCUGUUGCUGCGGGCAGUCAGAGCUGUGCUGCAUCCCCGCUGUCUGCCGCCCCGCUCAAGGGCGGUGUACGGCAGGCCGCCCCGCCCGCCCCGCUGCUUCCGCUGGUGUGCCGCGCCGCGCUGGUGGUAGCGGGGGCGGUGCGUGAGGGCCGGGAGGAGGCGCAGGAGUACGAGGGGUACGUGGCGGGGUGGACGGCGACGCAGGCGCACACCAUCCAAGCCCUGGAGGUCCUCCUCCUCCUCAUCGCCCUCCUCCGCAGUCGCCACACCAUCACCCCCACCAUCGCCCUGCUCGCCAUCCUCCGCUGCAGCGUCAGCAUCGUCACGUUCGCCGCCUGGCUGCUGCUGCCGUACCGCUCCUGGCGCCGGCUGGGGCAGGCGGCGCGGCUGCCGCGCUUCGCUGCUAGCCUGGCCUCCAAGUCCCUGAAGCUGCUGUUUGACGCAACCGACACCCCGGCUGUGAUCGCGGCCUACCGGGCUAGCUACAGCUUUGUGCUGGUGGAGGGGCUGCUGCUGCCCGCGACAUGCCUGGUGUCUCCAUCCACUGCCUUGCUGAUAUCGGCGCUGCGGCUCCCGCUGAACGCCGCCGCCACCUGCGGCUGCCCAAGCGGUGCCUCCGAGGCCUCCUGCCCCUCCUCCUCCUCCUCCUCCUUCCCCUCCUGCCUGUUCUCCCCCUCCCCCUCCUGCCGCCGCGGCCUGCUGCUGGCGGCCCGGGUGGAGGCUGCCGCCCUGGCCACCACCGCCGCAUGCCACAUCUUCCUCAGGGUGUGCUGCGCCAGGAGCAGGGGCAGGAGGUAGGGGGGGAGGUAGGAGCAGGGGCAGGAGGUAGGCACCGGUAGCUCCGGUGGGAGAUGCGAACCACCCUCACACGGGAAUGGCUCAUGCGAACCCCUAACGGUAAACCUAACUGGUGUGCGCCACAUGCGCUGCCAUAUUUCUAAGGAGUCCACGUCUACUUAAGUCGGGGCGUGUUUUAUAGCAUAUGCCUGCGAUACGUCCUUACAUGUUAGUCGAUUGUACUCGGACCAAUCUUGUUGUGGCUGUUGGUCUGUCUGGUGGGGUUUUUCGUGCGUCUCAUGAGUGGUCUCGGGGCCUGUCAUCACAGCGUCGCCGGUGCGUUGGAAGAAGCGGGGGAGUAGCAACUAGCAAGUGCCUCCCCCAGCGGGGAUUUUCAUAAAUGUGCAUACACCGUAAUGUGAUUUGUUAUGUUUCGCAACGUCCACAAAAGUUCGUAUACGAGUCUGUACCUUUGACACGCGCCAUUAGGAUGUAUGUAGGCUCUUAGGGCCUUCUUAAGGCUGUGAAUGAUAAAAGCGGCAUGAUGAGGCAAGUUGCUUGUGACGAGCUGGCUGUUGUUUGGGGCGUUGUAGUGUAGCAGCUGUAUAGCAGACAACGUUGCUGGCCCGCUGAAUGAAUCCCAUUAGAUUCAUGUUGGCGGGAUGGUUGCGUUGCGGGCGGCAGGUUGUUGGGAACACAAAUGCGGUUGGCGGCUUAGCGGCGAGGCGGGGUUGGGUUGCAUGCAGCAGGUUUCCAAAUACCGGUAUUGUGGCACUGCACUUGAGGAGACACGUGUUUCUCGGGUCCACAGUUGUUGG